AAAGCAAUCAGUGUAAAAAAAAAAACAAAAACAUCUUCAUCACCCCCCACAAGUAGUACAGUGUCACCAGGAGAUGACCAGAGACUGCGGACAUAGUACAGGGGAUGACCAGAGACUGCGGACACAGUACAGGAGAUGACCAGAGACUGCGGACACAGUACAGGAGAUGACCAGAGACUGCAGACAUAGUACAGGAGAUGACCAGAGACUGCAGACACAGUACAGGAGAUUGACCAGAGACUGCGGACACAGUACAGGAGAUGACCAGAGUCUGCUCGGACACAGUACA